AAUCAAUUAAUCCGGAUACUUUUAGAAGCGAAGCUACGUCGGUCGGACAGCUUGGCUCGCCUAAUUAGUCAGCGACCCCCGAGGGUUGAGUUGGUGGAGAGGAACAUACUGCCAGAAAUAUCCGAGCAGGAUCGUCUCGAGGCCAGACUUGUCAUUGGCAAUAAAUUAGACAGACGAUUGAGUUUAAGGCCAACAGCUGAAGAUCUCGAGAACAAACACAUCCUACUAAAACAAACGCCUGAUGAAAUUGAACGAGAGAAAGAAGAGAAGAAGAAAACUCUUCUAAGAAAGUUGAGUUUCCGACCGACCAUCGACGAACUUAAAGAACGAAAGAUUAUAAAGUUCAACGACUAUGUCGAGGUCACUGAAGCAGAACUUUACGACAGGAAGGCCGAUAAACCCUGGACUAGACUGACCCCUAGGGACAAGGCUGCCAUAAGGAAAGAGUUGAAUGAAUUCAAAAGUACGGAGAUGGCAGUACAUGAAGAUAGUAAACAUUUGACGAGGUGGUUUUCUUUAGUAUUUCUUUGGGUUUUUUCCAUUUUGUUUAUAACUGUUAUUGUUGUUGCUUAUGUUUAA